AUGUCAAAUUACUCUCAAAGGCGCUUCAAAGGGUGCAGGCGGCACGUCAGGUUGCAGCUUGAUUAUGGGCAGCCAAAGCCUCCUGCGGAACAGAUUUGGUAUCAACAAAAAGGUCAUGAACUUCUGGUGGUCAAUCCGGUUGAAAUUCCGCAGAUCGAUGCCGAUCUUGAUCUUAUCAAGCAGUCUUUGGAUCAGAAGGCCAUUCCGAAACAGACUCCAUCAAAGGAAGAUAUUUUCGAUAAGCUCCCGUAUGAGCUUCGGCAUGAUAUUUUCAAGCUCCUUCCUGCUGGUUCUAUUCUUGCUUUAAAGGCUGCAUCAUGGGCGAUGCAUCUUACGACUUUUUCAGCUGACUUUUGGAGAGAGAAGUUAAGUGCUGAGAUGCCGUGGCUAUGGGAGAUUCACGAUAUCAAUAUUUUUCAAUCGCAAAAAUCGGAGGAUAGAGCGUCCGGGCUGCUUUUGGAUAUCCAGAAGAAGAGUGCUUAUACAUCUGAGAAUGAUGAUUUUAUUCUGGGACUCGCCAAUCGGAGAAGAAUUUGGGGAGUCUGUGAGCAGAUUAGGGCUCGGUACUUGGAAAGCCUUGCUGGUAUCUCUGAUUCAGAGAGCUAG